AUGUCUUUCAACAACAUCCUGGAACUACUUGAAGAUGCUGCCAGUGACAGUCAAAGCGGCCAAAUUAAAUGUUACCCACCGGGAGGCAGGGACACGGACAAGCCAAUUUCGUUCUCUUAUCAAGAUUUGUUACAACAAGCACAACGUGCAAGCUGGGCUCUUCGGUCCAAAGUCUCUGGCUCGACAAACCAGGGCUCGCCGAUUCUUCUUCACUUCGAUGCGCAUUGGGAUCGCAUUCUCUGGCUCUGGGCAGUUUUGUUUGCCGGUUAUGUACCGGUCAUGGGGAUCUCGCUUCCCAAUAGCGAGCCUCAAAGAAUAGCGCAUUUGCGCCACCUCAACAGUACGAUGAAAAGCUCCAUAUGUCUAACAAGGGCAAAGCUUCAAGCGGCACUCGGUCAAGAGAUAUUCACAAACACCAUCGCCAUCGAGACCUUGGAUGUCGCCCAUGCUCAACCCAUCAAGCAGAUUGCGACCAAGCCUGGGCUGUCCGAUACAGCAAUAAUUUUGCUAACAUCGGGAAGCACCGGGAAUUCCAAACUCGUGUGCCUAAGCCAUGGCCAGAUUCUGGCAGCGAUUGCUGGCAAAAUGGCGAUCGCUCCCUUGUAUAAGAAGUGUUUCAUGAACUGGAUCAGUCUCGAUCACGUCGCCUCGCUGAUCGAGAUUCAUAUUUUGGCGAUAUAUGCCCGCGGCGACCAAGUUCACGUUCAGGGGGCAGAUAUAUUGGCGUCCCCAACGUCUUUUCUCGAUUUGAUCUGCGCCCAUCGGGUUGCGCGGACUUUUGCACCAAACUUCUUUUUGGCGAAGCUCCGAACAGCAUUGAAAUCAAGCUCAGAUAGUCCCACGCAGUGGGAUCUUCAGCUGCUUAUAUUGUAUCAACUCCGGCGGAGAAGCGAAUGUGACGCAGACAUGCGACGAAUUGUCGGCUUUUUUAACUCAAUAUGGUGCCCCCGAGAACGUUAUCGUUCCUGGCUUCGGUACGACCGAGAGUGGCAGCUUGAAUAUGCGUCGCUUGGUGUUUGCAUGCCAGGCAUCCAGAUGAGAAUUACUAGCAGCACCGAUUCAAACACCCGCAUGCCCACGGGAGAGGUGGGAUACUUGGAAGUCUCAGGCCCAGCGGUGUUCAAAGAGUAUCUCAAUGACCCUUCGGCGACAGCGCAGAGCUUCACAAGCGAUGGCUGGUUCAAGACUGGCGACGAAGGCUUCAUCGAUAAGAAUGGGUUUCUCAAUUUGAUGGGCAGGACGAAGGAUACUAUCAUUGUCAAUGGUGUGAAACACGAUCCGUUCACCAUUGAGACUGCACUCGAUUCAUCGCAAAUACCCGGUCUCACGCCUAGCUUCAAUUGUUGCUUUUCUACAUUGCCUCCGGGUAGAGACACCGAAGAGAUCUGCAUCGUCUACCUGCCAACUUUCCCCAGCGACGACUCCCAACUUUCAGUGAAAACCUCUGAUGCAAUAUCUAGGCUUGUCAUUUCAGCGCUAGGCAAACUGUCUCGAGCAAGAAUCAAGAAAUGCUAUGAAAAUGGAGACUACAAAGCCUACGAGGAUCUGAACAAUGAAACAGUCAAAAGCUCGCGGAACAUGAACGGGGAAGGUCCGCGAGACGACGUUGAGAGGAAUCUCCUGGCAAUAUUCCAGGAAUCCUUCGGUAUCGACGACCCCAUCCAUGUACAUACUCCGAUAUUCGACCUUGGGAUCACAUCGAUCGAGCUCAUUAAGCUGAAGAAAGAUCUCGAAGCGCAUUUGAACCUUGAUAAGGAGAUUCCUAUCGCUACUCUCCUACUGAACCAAAGUGUCCGAGCCCUUAGAGAUGCACUGGAUGACAUGAAAGCUCAACGUGUAUAUGACCCUGUGGUCACCUUGCAAAGCACAGGCACAAAGACUCCACUCUGGCUUGUGCACCCAGGCGUCGGGGAAGUUCUUGUCUUCUUGAAUCUCGCCAACCUGAUCAAGGACCGACCGGUCUUCGCCUUGCGUGCGCGUGGAUUCAACGAUAACGACGCUCCAUUCUCAAACAUAGAGGAAACUGUUAGCACAUACCAUGCUGCAAUCAAGCAAAAACAACCCAGUGGACCUUACGCGAUCGCCGGCUACUCCUACGGCGCGAUGCUUGCUUUCGAGGUGAGCAAGAUUUUCGAAGCUCAAGGAGAUACUGUAGGGUUUCUCGGAUCUCUCAAUCUUCCACCCCACAUCAAAACUCGCAUGCGCCAGCUUGACUUCAAGGAGUGCCUUCUCCAUUUGUCAUAUUUCCUGGACUUGAUGAGCGAAGACUAUGCGCGACAAUUGGCCAAAGAGCUUGAAGGCCAGCCGAAAGAACAGGUGCUAGAUGUUGUUCUCAGCAAGAGCAACCCGGACCGCGUAGCUGAGCUGGCACUUUCGAAAGACGCGUUGUCCAAAUGGGCUUGUCUAGCAACGGCACUUCAAGGAAUGGCUGUUGACUAUGAACCGUCCGGGUCAGUAGCCUCGCUCGACUGCUUUUACUGUAUUCCACUGCAGGCUGUCGCGGCAUCCAAGCAGCAGUGGUUAGAUGAUCAUCUGCGUAAAUGGAGAGACUUCUCGCGGUCCGAAGUGAGGUUCCACGAUGUCGACGGAGCGCACUAUACCAUGCUGUCUCCGGAACAUGUAGCGAGUUUCCAUAAGUCUUUAUGCCACGCACUUGAGGCGCGGGGGCUCUGA